CGACGCCCAGCACUCCGACCGUCGCUCGCAACUCCCUCCAUCACAACCCUUCUGGUCUCCUCCUCCCCCUCGAGGCUCUCCUCACAAUCAAUUCCACGAUGAUGUCCGCUCGUGUCGCCCGCACCGGCCUGCGCGCCGCCCAGCAGUUCUCCGCCGCUCGCCCGGCCUUCAACGGCCUGCGCACCUAUGCCACCCCGGCCCAGGAUGUCCGCCCCCCCGUCGCUCUGUUCGGCGUUGACGGCACCUACGCUACUGCUCUGUACACUGCUUCCUCCAAGUCCGCUGCCCUCGACCAGACCGCCAAGGCUAUCGCUACCCUCGGUCAGACCCUGAAGGCCGACCCCAAGCUGAUCACCAUCCUCGGCGCUCCUACCCUGUCCAUUGCCGACAAGCAGGAGAUCAUCAAGGAGCUCCAGAAGGUUGCCGGUGCUGACAAGGCCGACAUCCUCAAGAACUUCCUCCAGACUCUGGCCGAGAACAACCGUCUCUCUUCCCUCGAGGGUGUCUGCGAUAAGUUCGCUACCCUGAUGAGCGCCCACCGUGGUGAGGUCGAGCUGAACAUCACCUCUGCUCAGGAGCUCGAUGCCAAGACCAUCUCCCGCCUCGAGAAGGCCGUCGCCAAGUCCGAGUUCAGCCAGGGCAAGAAGCUCAAGGUUGUCACCAAGGUCAACCCUGACCUUGUUGGUGGACUCGUCGUCGAGAUCGGUGACCGCACCAUCGACCUGAGCGUUUCCUCCAAGAUCGCCAAGAUGAACAAGGCUCUGACCGAUGCCCUGUAAAUGUAAAAUAAGCAAUUUGUUCGAAGUGGGAUUGCGUGUUAGAUUUAUACUACAGCAUUAUCGUCCUGCAUGAACGGUAGCGUUGGUUGAAAGUGGGAAAAAAAAGGGGAGGAAUGACUCUUGAUAUCACUUGGGUCUCUCCUUUUUUGGGUGCUUUCAUGUUCCAUUUGUUUUCAUUAUCUGUGAAUUGCACAAUACACUUUUUCAUUUUCUAUGUCAAA